CUCAGAGGGGUUAAAUACGAAGGAAGACUAGUGGGUUAGCGAGGUUUGUGGAGACAUAAAACAGACUUUGCGGUGUUCUAACGUGUUAGAUCAACGUGGCAACUGAUGCUGCUAAGCUAACGUGCUAAAACUGAUUUUGCUCAACUUGUUUGAGCUUCAUUACCCGGUUUAUACACAUCUAUAGCUUGUUAUCAGGAUCGAACUGUAAUGUCUUGCAAAUGCACACAACUACAUGCCUGAGGUGAUGGUAAAGAUGGAGUGAAAACUUACUGCUGGAAGGUGUGAAGACAAAGAGGGCGCCAUGCUCCGCUGCAGAAAAUGUCGAAAAGGGGUCAUAGAUGCAACAUGUUUGUCAACGCAGGUUCAGGAGUCAGAUGAAAGCUCAGCUGCUGUUUGCAGUAUUUGGCACGUGAACGUGGACACGUUGCCAGAGUGGAUACUGACCUCAGUUCACCAGGCCCAGUGGACUGUAGGAAAACUAAACUGCCAGAACUGUGGAGCUCGUCUGGGCGGCUUCAACUUCAUCAACCGCAGCGAGUGUCCUUGUGGCCGCGACGCCGCCGUCCACCUCAACAAGAGCCGAGUGGAUCACGACCACAAGCACUCCGUUCUCAUCGUCCAGCCGAGGAGGACGAGGCCCGAGAGGCUUCAGGCCGGCGGUCUGUUGACGGAAACCUCCCCGGACCGAGAGGAGAGGCUUGAAUUCAGCAGAACUGCUCUGGACAGUCUGCAGCUGAACUGUGCUGCCGUCACGUCUCACAUCAGCCCUGCAGAGGCUUCAGAUCCGCUUCCUGACGCUGAAAACACUCCGUCGUUCUCCUUCAGCCCUCUGUACUGCAUCUCCCACAGGAGGAGGUGCAGCGUGGAGGACGACGGCGGCGGCUUCAGGUCGUCGUGUUUUUGCCCCGCAGGCCGUCCGGACGUGUCCACCGCUGAUCUGAGGAGGUCGAGGACAGACGAGUCGACUCGGUCCCUUCUAGCACAUCCCACCAGUCAGCAGUUUGACUCAGACGGCGGAGCUUCGUUAAACGUCGUCCCCCGUCGUCCUGCUUCUGGAAUUCCUCGGUCACCUCUGCAUCAGCAAACUGAGGAGGAGGCAACAUCUGUCCAGGAGGAGAUUCCAGAUUCAGCCUUGUUCCUCAGAGGACACUCAAUCUCUGACAGCGUAGCCGAGCAGGAAGAAGAUGAAGAUGAAGUGCCUCCAACAUCUGUAGGUUCUCCAGCCUCCAGCCGACUGAGCAAAAGAGAGAAGAACCGACUGAAGAGUCUGAGGAGGAAACAGAGGAGGAGAGAAAGAUGGCUGCACAGUCAGCUGGAGCAGGCUGAGAUGGUGAGCGGUUCUCUGCUGGACAGCGAGGAGGAGGACCGGGAAGGCCUCACCUGCGCCGUUUGUCUCGACGUCUACUUCAGUCCGUACAGCUGUCAGCCCUGCAGCCACGUUUUCUGCGAGCCGUGUCUCCGAACGCUCGCCAAGAACCGACCGUCCAACACGCCGUGUCCGUUGUGCCGGACCCUCAUCUCACACACCAGCUUCCACAAGGAGCUCAACCACACAGCAAAGACCUUCUUUCCCAAAGUCUACUUUGCCCGCAAGCAGAACUUCCAGAACGCCUCAUGUGCCAAAUGGCCGCUGCCCAGCUUCGAACAACGUUUCCAUUCAUUCUGGGGAUAUGAGCGUCAGGCGCCACAGAUGGCAGGCAGACGUUUUCACAUGGUUCACGGAGGCUUCGCUCUGGAGGCUCUGGGCUUCACAGACAUGCGAGGUUGGCUCUUCGACAUCGGCCUGGUCAUCGUCUACAUCCACUCGCUCAACUGGAUCCUGGCCUCCCUCCUCUUCUGUUUCCUCAUGUACUACUUUUUCAUUUGAGACGCUGCAGGUUUAUCUAUCUGCUCUUUCUUUGAAGAGGGUAGGUAUUUUCUGGUGUAAACCUUCGAGUGACACACCACAUCUUUUAUUUCUUAUUUCAGCGUAAGAGUAUCUCAGAAAAAGCAGCAUUGAUAGAGUCAGGAAUCAGUCUGCAGGUUUGAAAUUUGCACAAAUGAUUGUGAGAAGUUUACAAUGUGGGCUUUAAAAAAUACUGAUUUAAAUGGAGCUUCUUUUGUUGCUUGUGUUAAUUUCCGAUGUUUUAAGUGCAAUAAUACUCUCUCAAGUGUCCAGACGGCCAUGUAAAGACAGUAAAAUCUGAAGCAGAGCAGAAUUUCUUCUGUCAAAAGUGGAGUUUAAUUCUAAUGUAAUGCAUUUUUGUGCUAUCACGUGGAUAUCUGUUCGCUCUGUGUGUGUGGUGGAAAGAAAAAAUCCAGUGUUUGUGCACAGCUUUGGCUCUGUACGACAAACAACAAGUAAAUACACCAAUUACUAACUGUACAGGUUAAGAAACAACGAGCAAAAUAUUAAUUAUUGAGCCUCAAGGUGUAUUGUUUGAGUUGAGAAGGAGCCCAGUUAGCUGUUUGGAGCUGUUUCUAGCCUUAAUACUAAUUUAGGCCAUCCAUGCUCCAUGUUUUUGUUUUAUCUUACUUUUUUCUAAAGCAAAUUAAGAUUAUUUCUUGAAAAUGUUCAUUUCAAAACUCUCACAGCACAUCUAGAUAAUGAGGGAACAAUUAGGGCAUAUAAAGUGUUGAAGUUUAAUGACUUAUCAAGCUCUUUUAGUGAGCUUCAAGUGUCUUUUGAGAAAGUUGAUGUUGGGUUUUGUUCAGACUGCAGGCGAAUUAGAUUUGCUUCUAAAAUCAGGGUUCUUUUGUCUAAUUUGAUUGAAACUUUUUUGUCAUAAACUCUGGAUAUUUAUAAAGGUAUCUAUGAAAUUUUAGCUUCAUAGAUCAACUACUUUCCAAGAUUUUUUAGUUUAAAGCUGCCCAUCGACCCACUUUCAGCACAUUUUUCCGCACGUUGACUUUCAAGGCUGUUUAAUAUAACAAUAUCUAACAAUAUCUGAGGAACUAUUAAAGAUAAAACCCUGAAAUUUUCACUAUUAUUUCUCAUCAUGUCAUUGAUUCAGAAUCUCUGAGAUUACAAAGCCGAGGAGCAUCCCCACAUGAUGAUACUGCCACCGCCGUGCUUCACUGUGGGGAUGUUUAUUAUGAUAUACAGUGUUAAAAUAGCAUCUAGUCUACACAAUAUCUGAGGGACUAUUAAAGAUAAAAGCCUGAAAUUUUCACUUUUAUUUUUCAUCAUGUCAUUGAUUCAUAAUCUGUAAUGUCAGACAAGUAGCUCAAAUAAUCUCUGAUUAUGGGUGAGUUGAAAUAUGGAAAACAUUUAAAGCCGUCAUGAAAAGCUCCAUCUUUGAGCUCAAAUUAACAAAAAACUGUCAAUCCAGAAGUCAACUUGUGAUAUUUUCAGAACCACAGGUAGCUGCAGGUCACACUAAUACAAAACUAAACAUGAUACAUAAAUACUUUAAUCUGAAAUAGUGGGUCACAGAACAAAAAUAUGGCUUGAUAACCUAAUUUAGGUGAGUCCUGGAAUUUCCAAAUGGGUCUCCCAGUAUAACUAAGAAAAUAUAUUUUUGGACAUAUUCUUUAUUGUGGUUCAGAAAAUUUCAGUAGUUGGCACUUGCAUUAUUAUUACAAAAAAAACAAAAAAUAAAUUCUCAAAGAUAGUACAUUUUGAAAUGCCAGGACUCUGUUGUACCUAAAUUAUUUUAUCGAGCAAUAAUUUUGUUUUGUGACCAACUAUUUCAUAUUUUAAAAUAUUCUACAUGUGUAGUUUUAUGUUAUUGCGACAUGAAGCUUAUAUGAUUCAUAAAAUGUCACUAGUUGACUUCUGAAUUAUCAAAUUAUUUGUUCAUUUCAGUUCAAAGAUGGAGCUUGUAAGAACGGCUUACAUUUUUUUCAUAUUUCAACUCUCCCAUAAUCAGAGAUUAUUACAUCUACUUGUCCAAUGUUUUAGAUUCUGAAUCAAUGACAUGAUAAAAAAAAAACUGUGAAAAUUUCAGGUUUUUAUCUUUAACAAAUUGUGUAGACUAGAUGCUAUUUAUUACUUUAUAUCAUAAUAAACAUCCCCACAGUGAAGCACGGCGGUGGCAGCAUCAUCAUGUGGGGAUGCUCCUCGGCUUUGUAAUCUCAGAGAUUCUGAAUCAAUGACAUGAUGAGAAAUAAGAGUGAAAAUUUCAGGGUUUUUAUCUUUUAAUAGUUCCUGAGAUGUUGUUGUUCAAACAGCCUCAAAUUUAAUUUUUGUGUGAAAAAAAUGUGCUGAAAGCGGGUCGACGUGUAAUUUUUACUUUCAAGUAUUUGAUAUAUGCAGCUAAAGUUUCACUACAAAUCUGAGAUGGUCGAGUAGAAAUGUGAUGAUUUAAGGCAGAAUGGUUUAUUUCUACUUCUCUUCUAAUAGUAGAAACAUGGAUUCUGUUCAACACUUGUUGAAUAUGUUGGAAAACUCACUGAAAUCAGAUUUGAGCGUCUGGAUGGAGACAGAGUUGAAGAAAUCCAGUUGGAAUCUCAUUUUUAAUCCACCUCCAAAAGCAGUUUGGUGUGUUUUUGUUUGUUAUUACUGUCUGGACUUUCUGGAAUCAAACCAGAAUCUCUAAGAAGCUGCUGCAUCAGUCUGAACAAGACUGUAGAGGUCAGUAAAGCAAAGUUUAAAGAGUUGUCCAAAUGAGAAGUUUAUGUCUGUUUCUAUUCAUAUGUGUUGUUGUAUUUACAGACAACAACAGCAGCAGUGAUUUAUUAUCAUAAUCGACCAACCAACUGAAAGACUGAGCAGAAAUCUUCCUUUAAACAUGGUGCCUUUGCUUAGCUUGUGCCUUGUUUACGACGAUUUAACUGGAAUUCAUUUAGAUCUCAGGCACCGAAUCACUGACAGCCAAGAAAUUUAGCUUCUAAUGAACAAUAAUCUUUAAUUUUUAUUGAGGAAAAACCUGAUUUUGAAAAAAUACAGCUGUCUUACUAACAGUAAAUAAUUUGAGCUGUUCGCUAUUUGAACAAAUUUAGCUUUUUCAUUUAUUUUAAAGUAAACUGGACAGCAAGAAGAAAUCAUCUCUGUUUGACUUGAACCUUUUAUAUGUGAUUUUUUUCCCCCUUUUUUGGCUUAAUUUUAAGUUAAGUUUUGUUUGCUUGAUGUCUCCGAGUGAAAGGUAAUAAGAGAUUGGGUCAGAAUUCAGUAUUGGAAAUGGAUUAUGAAUGAGAAUGAAAACAUAAACAUAAAAGUCUAUUUUAAAAAAAUAA